GCACAGUGUGUUCCUAGUCCAUCGGCCGUGUACUCCUCGUGAACAAACCGAUUUCAAAGUUAUCGGAUUUGUUUUGCCGUUUUUUUUUUGUUUCCAGCAGAAUUUAAGAUAAGUACUAAGUACAUAUAAUUAAAUCUGUGGAAUGAACUACGGGAAUAAUGGCGGCGGUCAAUGGCAACCACGGGGAAACAAUAAUUGGAGACCACAAGGACGAGGAAGAGGUGGUGGUGGAUGGAAAGGUAACGAUAAUCGAGGAGGAUAUCGUGGUGGAAGCUCCAACGAUGGUGGAUGGAGUAAUUUCAGAGACGAUGGAAAUCUGAACUUUGCGUCGCCGUAUCAAGCAAAUCGAGGAAAUUUCAGAGGAAAUUAUCGUGGCGGUGGUGGUGGAGGUGGAGGGAAUCAGAACAACUAUGGAAACCGAGGAAGGGGACGGGGAGGAUUUGAUAGAGGAAGAGGUGGCGGAGGUGGAGGCAACAAGAAUUUUGGCCCAAUUGACGCGAACAAAUGUAUAAUCCCUUCCAUGUGGAAUAAUCCGUGGGAUGCGCUCGAAAAGGAAUACGAACAAGAAUAUGGAGUCGCGAUUACAGAGAAAGUCACUGAUCCUAGUCCAUCGCCUUCUAGUGCAGAGGAAACAACAGCCUGAAUUCAUAAAGAUCUUCAAAAAAGUCUGAAAAAGUUGUAUUAUCUUUAAAAGUUGUGAAAAAUUGAAAUACUAAGUCAAUAAAGAAAAUAUAAUUUAAUUACAA